UCUCUCUGUGUGGCGACAACGAACAUAUCGAUUUUUCUCAGGUUGUUUUUGUUUUCAUUUUAUGCACCACUUUGUGCUAAUGUUCCGUCAGAUUAUGGCAUGUGACAUAAAAUUGCAAGAUACAUUUCUAUUCCUGGAGCAAUGGCUAUUGGUUCGGCAUUCUUAACAAUAUGUUUAAAUCAUGCUGAAAUUUUAAAAAAUUCUGAGGGUUAAUUGAGCCGACUUGGACAUUGAGAACCAAUGAAAUGCCAGCAGAAAAUGACACUGUCAAUGAGAUUAGUGAGACUAAGGUUUGCAGAGACUUCCUGCGCAAUGUUUGUCGAAGAGGAAAGAAGCGAUGCCGCUAUCUUCACCCUGAUGAUCUUGAUUUGAAUGGAAUGGGUGUUACAAUUAAUGGAGGUCGGACAACAUUUCUGUUUUGCCAUGACUAUCAGAAUGGUCUUGGGUGUAAACGUGAAGAUUGCAAAUUUGUGCACUGCACUGUUGAGGAAGAACAAUACUUUAAAUCUAGAGGCAAGCUUCCAGAACACGUCAUUGAUAUGGCACUAAGCCGGGGCGCACUUGAACCAGCAGCAAGACUAGGAGAGCCACCAGCCUGCAAAGAUUUUCUGAAAGGAGAAUGUCGACGAGGGGCACAGUGCAAAUUUCGACAUUUGACUAAGCGUGAAUUUGAAAGAGAGCUAGGAUAUUGUCAAUCUCCUCCCCAUCAGUCACUAAGUGAUCUUCAGCCUCAGCUUCCACUCCAGAUUCAACCUCAACUGCAACCUCAAGUUCAACAGCAACCACCUCCACAACAGCCACCACUUCAGCCCCAACCCCCACCACAACUUCAACAUCAGCAACCACCCCCCAUGGCAAUGGUACAGUUUAGCCAUGCCAGCCAACUACCUGAUGGAGGCCCUGAACAGAAGCAAUUCCACUAUGCUCCAACAAUGCCCACCCAGCAAGCCCCUGCCACAAAUAUUCCUCCUCCUAACCACCGACACCACCCAUACUCCCGUCCUCCCAACGCUCAGCCUCCUGCGUCUGCUGCUGAACCACAACCACAGCCUCAGGUUCCACCUGGUAUGGUUGUCCUGCACACACAUACCCAUGCUGUGGCUCAAGCUGCUCCACAGCCAUCUCCACCCUAUGGCUUACACCCAGCCGUACCUGCUGCACCUCAGCAUCGAAUUUUCACACCAGCUGAUGCUAGGUCUCUUAUGCUGGAAGAAGAAAAUGUUGUUUUGAGGAGAAGAUUGGAAGAAUUAAAGAAACAGGUAUCAGACUUGACUGUCACAAACGAGUUUCUUCUUGAUCAAAAUGCCCAAUUGCGCCUUGGCUCCAAGAGAACCACUACAAGUAUUGCUGCACUCACUGUACCUGCUGUUACCAUAACAAAUGCUGGACAACCUCUUCCUGCUCAAAUCACGUCAGCACAAACACCAGCCCCACAGCAAAUGAUGGUUGCUACCGGAACACUAAGAACUGUUGCUGCAAGUGUGGCUACAGUACCUGUAUCAAUUGCGACCGUUGCUGGCACCCCAGUUUCUAUUGCAACUGUUUCUAUGGCACCUGUCACAAUGCAACCUCCUGUGGUGACUAUGGCCCAGCAAACUAUCGGUGUUUCCGGCCCUCAGACGAUUGGGGUGUCUGGUCCUCCACCUCAAACACUCACUGCUACUGCUCCUCCCCCUCAAGGAGCACAGCCUCAAAAUGCCACAGCAGCUUGCCCUCAGAGCUUGCCUUUGGCCAUAACAGCAGGAACCACCCCAUUAGUCACAUACCCAAUACCUGUCUUACAGACCAGCUUGUCUCACUGACAAAGCGAUUCACCACAACAUCUUAUUUGAUAAGUCAUAUUUUUGUAUCUUAUGUACCUGGUACAGAAAUUAGAAUUUGAGUUGGCAUAAGUGAAUUCUGUUUUGUUCUUUAUUUAUUUUUUGGCUUCUAUUUUGAGAAGUAUUUAAAUUUAAACUAAACAUUUGAGUGGAAAGUUUUGCUAUCUAUGACUGUUUAUGUAAGUACUACAUCAUAAAAUAGAAAUUUGUGAUCAAUCUAAUUUCCACUUGUAUGUGAAUGUGUUCUUAACAUCUCAACAAAUUUGAUGACGUGGUUGACUUUUUUUUCCUUUCUUUUUUCUUUUGAUCUCUUGUAGUUAUUCUAUGUACAGUAAUUUUACAAAGCUUUAAUAAUAUUAUUAGAUUAAAGCUUUCAGAGACUUUUUGAAUUUUAUGGAACAUUUUUCUGUUAUCAUGAUAAACUGAAUGUGGUGCCUAGACAGGUAGUUUUCAGAUAUCAUGAGAACAUUUGACAGCUAUGGUUGUGCUAUAGCGUUUGUUUUGUCAUGAACUCCAUGGUUUUGUAUCAAUUAGUUUCUGAAAAUUGAUCCAAGUGAUUCCGAUAAUUUGCUGCAGCUUUUCUGGAAAUCUAAUUCUGCGUAUUAGUUUUCUGUCAUUUGCUUUUUUUGAAAUUUUGUUAAAGAUAUCUGCAGUGUUUUUGUUGCCCUCCUUUGAACCUGCUUGGUUUGUUGAAUAAAUUUUACUGAUCAGAGGAGAAA